AUGGGUCGAAACAACGAGAGGAAGGCUGCGCGCCAUGCCCGCAUCACUCAAGACUUCUUUGACCAGGUUCCGGAAUCAUCUACUGGAAAUCCGGCCAAGCCAUCUGUCAACCCCUCGUCCAUUUCUUUGCCCACGCAAAUUGAAAAAGCUCUUGACUCCUUUGUCACUGCGAGCGCUGCCAACCCUGCCAAUCGUCGUGUCCUAAGUGCGACCUUCCAAGCGUUUGAUCUGAAGGACGACUACAGACAAGUUGCCUGCUUGCUCGGAGAGCGUAUCUACCACACGUUCGAGAGGAACAAGGACGCUGCUCGAGACCUCCUCACUCACCUCUUUACUACUGCUUACUUGACUAUCAACAAGUCGACUGGCAGGAGAGUGUGGCGUAUCGACAAGGACGUCAAAUUCGAGAUCGUUGAAGCUAUCCACUCCCGGAAACUAAUCGGCCUCUUCACUCACGAGAGACUGCUCAAAAACUCCAAUCCCCCUGCUACCGAAUACGUUAUCGACAGCCCGACCUGCCUCGACGAAUUCGACGUGAUUGGCAUCAUUGUUGACUUCUUCCUGGACUGGUCGGUUGAGUGCGCAGAAUUCCUUCGCCGUCAUCCAGAUCUCAAAGAUCUCGACAUCUCCCUUCCAGAAUACCGUGACCAACACGCUCCCUUUGUCUCCAUCGGCAUCAUCGAAAUCGGCGCUGCUAUCAAAACUGGAAAGUCAAUUGACCUUGACCCUCGACCUCUUGAGUUCUUUAUCGCCGUUAGACUCAAUAAAAUGGCCGAGGAACAGAACCUCUUCAUCCAGGGGAAGCCAAAGAUGGCGACCCGCAAGAACAAGGGUGAGGGCAAAGCGAAGACUACUGAACCCGCCGCCGCUGCCACCGCGAUUGUGCACACUGCCAAGGUUGGCGUGGACAUGCAAGAUGACAACAAACCAGCCUCCAAGUUGGAUCUCGCUACUGAAAGUGCGAAAGACGAAGACAAUGUCACCAAGGAUGACGCUGCCGCCGCUGAACCCACUGUCCCCAAGAUGGAGUCCACUUCUGAGACUGUCAAAGACAAACAGGUCGACAAGCAUGCCACUGCUCCUCCUGUUGCUGACGCUGCAGCUGCAGCUGAAUCCACUGGCACAAAGAUAGCGUCCGCCACUGAAGUCGUCAAAGACACACAUGUCGACAAUCGUGCCACCGCUCUCUCUGACCUUCUCGCUGACCUUGCCACCAACACUAUGGUCCACAGUUCUGACAUUCCUGUCACCUUUGAUGCCGGUGUCGCGAAUCUGACUGCUGAAGCUCGAAAUUUGUCCAUCAACGCUCUCGGCAACGGAGACCAUCCUUUUGGUCUUCGUAAUUAUCGUCCAAGAGCCCCCGCUGCCACCGCAGGAGAUGACAAUCCACUCAGUCUACGUUCACGACUCCCUGCUGCAUCUGUCGUCCACACCGAUAUGGAAACCGACGCUGACGGCCCUCGUCCUGCCCACACUCCUGUCCCUGACGAGGAUCCACACGCUUAUCGUGCUGAGAGAAUUCGUGCGAGACUCCGCCUGCACAACAUUAUUGCCGAUACUGAUGGUCCUCCGAGCGCCCCUAUUAUUAAUGAUCCACGCCAUCGUCGUCAUGAAAGACUUAUGCGUGAGAGACUUAGUGCCCUGGUUACCGACACUGCUGCUCCCACUGCGCCUUCGCCCAUGCCUGCGACCGACUUGGCUGAUCCUUCUGAAUGCACUGCAACUCCUCCCAGCGCUCCUGUUUCCCGCGAGGGUUUACAGGCUCGUCUUGCUGAGGCACCUCGUGCACGCACCAACCAGGCUGCUGCCGCUACUGCCAACUCUUCCAUGCCUGCGACUGACGCCUCUGGUAUUGCCGAACGCACUGCUGGCACUGCUGCUCGUGGUGCUCGUGGUAGUCGCCGUGCUCGCGCUGGCCGUCGCCAUGCUUCCGCAGCAGCUGCCGGAACCCGCAACACUGCCGCUCAGCCACAAGAGACUGCCACCCAGCGCCUUGCCAGGGACAGACUCUACCAGGAACUCCAGGAUCUUGUCAACACCGACUUCCCUAAUGCCGCUGCUCGCCGCACUGCCUUUGCACAGGCCAGACAGCGCCUUCUCCGUUCGGAGACCGUGGCGGCCGCACGUGGCGAACAGCCAUUGCGUGCCACUGCCACCAGAGCGACCCAAGAAGCACUUAACAUCGGGCGUGACGAUGCGUUGAACGCGGCCCGGCAACAACACGCUGCGGAGGCUGCUCGGAUGAGGGCUACCGGAACCGGAACGGAGGCGAAUGCCCGGGCUCGAGAGCAGGGGUUCGGUUUUGACAUUGGUGGGAUGCCUGGGUGGUACGGUCAGUUGGAGGCCAUGCAGAUCCAAGCUCUUCAGCCCAAGAAGGGUGGUGGCAAGAAGGAGGGCGAGGAGGCCGGCGGUGAGGACGAGAAGAAGGAAGAGAAGGAGAAGGAGAAGGGUGGUGACGCCGAGGAGAAGUGA